AUGGAUCCUGCUAAGACUGAAACAGUUAGCAAGUGGCCUCGCCCAACAACAGUCAACGAAGUGCACAGCUUCCUUGGAUUAGUAGGAUAUUAUAGACGAUUUGUGAAAAACUUCUCAAGUGUAGCAUUACCUUUAACUAAUCUUACUAAGAAGAAUAAUCCUUUUGUUUGGAGCCAAGUAUGUGAGCAAAGCUUCCAGGAACUAAAAGAAAAGUUGACCACAACCCCUAUUCUCACCAUACCUGACAGAUCAGGGGGUUUAAUUGUGUACAGUGACACAUCGAAGAAGGGUCUUGGUUAUGUAUUGAUGCAACACGAAAAGGUGAAAGCUCUACGGCAACGACCACAAGGACUCCUCCAGCCUCUAAAUAUUCCAGAAUGGAAAUGGUAA